GGCUUUGACCAGAAUGGUGGAUCUAAAGUUCACAGAUGGCAAAAUGAUUCUUCAGAACACACUGACAGCUGUAUUGAUAGUAGCACUGGUGUUAGCAGUUACCCUUUUCCUGUGCUACAAAAACAGAGAGAGAGGGAAACAUGAUAGAUCAAACGUAGUGAUUUACCACAGUGCAGAGAACCCUGACCCAAAUGGUAUUUAUGAGGAGAUUGAGGACAUUUGUCAUCCUCCUCCUCUUCCUCUGACUUCAAGAUGCAACUAUACCAAGGUAGACAAUGCAGGUGACCCUACCUACUACACUAUCCAAUCACCCCCAAAGCUUCCUGACGAAACAGGCCUCCACCUUCUCUCCAAGACAUCUCACACCCAGAUCAACACUGUCUAUGCCAUCGCUGAAUUACCCACAAUCCCCGGCAAUGUCCCCACAUACUCAAACAUCCAGUCACCAAUACACACUUCUGCUGACACACACCUUAGCACUGGUACUGAUGAAAUUGAUACUACAGAGAGCACUGUCUACAGAGAGACUACUGUACAAUGUCCUAAUACUCCUAGUGGCAUCCCCACACCAUGCACUGAUAAUCCAGACCCCACAAACCCAGCUAAUCAGGAACCCAAAUACACCAACGAGGACACGGUGUGUAAAACCCCUCAUUCACCAACACACACUUCUGAUGAUACUGACUAUUCUGCAAUCUGUAGUCCAACAAGUACUCAAACAAAUAUGGUUUAUGUCAAUGCAGAAAUUAUUACAAAUGCAAAUAAUGACGACGUAAUGUGCACUGAAAAAGUACCUUUAAAACCAAUUGAAUGAUCCCAAGCCCUGCCUCCUUUUACAAUGUCACAAUGAGAACUUUGGAGGACCUCAGUCAAUUUUCUAGUGCCCACUCUGUAUGAGGUUAUGUGAAUGCUAUGCUUGUUUUGUGAGUAGCCUAAGUAAAUAAAUAACAAAACAGUUCAAAAUGGUUAAAAUAUAUGUCUGGGCUAAUUGUAGAAGUCACAUCCCGAUACCCGGGCUGUGUGAAAGACACAUAACCAAAUGUUGUUAACCACACAUAACUUUGCAUUGAGCCAAUUUAGCCUAGGCUAGGCUACUGUUUUGCAGUAAAGAAAUCUACGUAAGUUUGUACGAAUAUGUUCCCUUUAUGUUUUUAUCACCUUUAGAAAAGCCAACUAUUGGUUUAGUGUUAUUACGUUUUCAGAGAUUAUCUUAUUGUACUUCAUCUUCGCUAACCUAGGCUUAGCAUUACCAUUGUUUAUUGCACUAUCACUGCAUUGUUUAUCACAUUAGCAAAUAUUGUGUGAAUGCAUGUGCAUUACCUUGCAUGUGCAUUUUCAUAAGAAAUGA